ACAUACAACGAUAACCUUGCAGCUAUUUCUUUGGAGAAUAAGAUAAUAAAUUUUUGUAAGCCAGUAUACGUAGGUUUUGCGGUGCUGGAACUAAGCAAAGUUUUGAUGUACGAUUACCAUUACAACGUUAUGCGCAAGCAUUUUAAAGAUGCUAUUGAAUUCAUUUAUGGUGAUACAGACUCACUUAUAUAUUUAAUAAAGACCAAAGACUUUUAUGAAGAUGUCAGAAAAAAACCAGAACUUUUAAAUCGGAUGGAUACGUCAAAUUUACCACCUGAUCAUCCAUGUUACUCAGUAGAACGCAAAAAAGUUCCGGGGACAUUCACUGAUGAAUUAGCCGGUCUUACGAUGCAUGAGAUAAUUGCAUUGCGAUCAAAAUUGUACGGGUUCAGCAAAGAAAACAUUUAUAAGUCUCUGGAAACAGAAUGGAAUACAGAAGAAAAAAUAAAAGCUAAAGGUAUAAGAACUUAUGUAACUCAAAAACACAUGGUUCUUGACGACUUUAAAAGAUGUCUUUUCGAUGAUGACAGUGAUGAUGAUUUGGACAUUUACGGUUUAAAUAAAGCAGAAGCCAAAAUGAUUGCUCAUAAUUGUGCUCUUAAGACCGUAGAGUAUGCUCACCAUGACUUAAAUACAGCGGGUAGUACAUCCUAUCGCUACGAUUAUACUCCAUACAGAGAGAAUAUAUCUAUACGAUCAUUCAAACAUCAAAUUUGUACCAUCAAAACAAUGAAAUUAGCACUAAACCGAAAUGAUGAUAAGAGGAUCAUACUUCAUGACAGAAUUCACACUUUAGCGAUUGGUCAUUAUAAAAUCAAAGAACUUCAAGAGGCAGGCGGAUUAUAAGAAUGCAAC